AUGGAUGUAAUAAAUCAAACUAAAAUAUUCAACAAUAAUAAUGAAAAUGAAAGAUAGAUCUCAUCUAGGAAUGGGUAAUAAUUAUCAAUAAUAAUUAAGACAUAUGAAUAUGUCUCCACAUUAUUUAGAGGCUGUUCGAUCAAAACCACUUAUUAAAAUUGAAAGAAAAGAAAGAUCACCAGUUGUAUAAGAAAUAAAUGAUCUUGAUUUUGGAUAUAUGGAAGAGCUUGAAAAAAGAAAAAUGUUCAUGAUGAUACGUUUAGGUCAUAUAAAAGACCCAUCUAAAUUAACUCCUGUUCACAAUUAUAAUAAAAUACCUGUUCUACCAUUAAAAAAACAAAGAAAAACCAUAACACCAUCUCCAAAAUAAACUCAAAAUAAAAUGGAUUUGAUAACCAAUAUUCCUUUACCCAUGUUCAGUAUGAAAAUACUUGAAGAUCCAUAUUAAAUUUAAGGUCAACAUAAAUCAAAUACAUAGAAACUUGCUCAAAAACAAAAGAGAUUGAAUAUUAUUAAUAAAAGAAUACUAGAUAAAUUUCGUGAUUAUUGA